AUGUUCCAAUCGGAUGGAAGAAGCGUGGAAGCGUUGCUUAAACACAUGCCCAGACGCAGGAUCUGGGAUGUUGAAGGACGAGUGAGGGGAACUAACCUAGGGAACAAUAAGUUUCUCUUUGACUUCGACAUGGAGGAAGAUCUUGAGAAAGUCCUUCAGAAACGACCAUGUCACUUCAACAGAUGGAGCUUUGCCCUUGAAAAAUGGACACCAACAAUCAACGAAGAGUUCCCAAACUUGAUCCCUUUUUGGGCGAAUGUGGUGGGGGUCCCGAUACACUACAGGAAACAAGAAACUUUCGAGAGUGUGGGGAAAGCACUGGGAGUCUUCGAUAAGGUUGAUGUGGAAGGAAGCAAGGUACGAGUCUUUGUUAAUGGAGACAGGCCUUUGAAAUUUGAGUGCAAGGUCGGUUUCGAUAACGGAGAUGUGGCAAAGGUGUCAAUCCAAUAUUAA